GAUGACAGUGAUUUUUUGAGAAUCAACGACCUCGAUUGGUCCGAGGUGACAGUUCCAGAUUCGAUGUUCAUAGCGGACGAAGAUGAUCUAGGUGGUUUCCUGUGUUUGGAAGAGGUCGAUGGUGUUCAUAUCGAAUAUGAAGAGACUGACACCAAAGGAAAUACAAUUAAAUUUAAGAAAACCCACGGUGAUCAGCGAUCUUCCAAAAAGAGAAAAAAGAAUCCGCCUGCCAAACCCGAAGAACCAUUUCCUGCUGAUGAAAUGUUAAAAUAUCACGAUUUGGAUACCUUUGAUGAAGGUAAAUUAAUAGAUACCAGCACCGAAGAAUCAGAAUCGCGAUCUGACAUUCAAUCGGCGGAGAAUUCGGAGAGUGAUGAAGGUGAUGCUUCACAGAAUGAAGUCGAUCUUGAUGCUGGUGAUAUGGAUGUGAAGGAAAGGAGUGACCGAGAUGAUGGACAGGUAGAUACCGCGGUCGAGUCGAUGAAUAAGGAAUCUGAGAAUAUUAAUUUAGACGCGUGGGACAAGUUCAAUCUUUCACCUGAUAUCCUGAAUGGGUUAAAGUUUCUGAAAUUUAUUGAACCAACUCCCAUCCAAGAAAAGGCACUCCCUGCCGGUCUGUCCGGGAGGGAUGUUGUUGGCUCUGCGGAAACGGGAUCCGGAAAAACACUCGCCUUUGGCAUCCCAAUUUUGAACCAUAUCAUUAAGAACAGGGAAUUGAAUAUCAAGAAUCAAUUAUCAGGGCUUGUUUUAACGCCUACCAGGGAGUUGGCGAUACAAAUUAAGGAUCACCUCGUUAAUAUUGGUAACUUGUCAUUGCAGGUAAUGGCUAUCGUAGGUGGAAUGGCAGUACAAAAACAAAAACGAUUACUUGAAAAAAUGCCCGAUAUAAUCGUUGCAACGCCUGGUCGAUUGUGGGAACUACUUUCAGAGAAUGACGAUUAUCUCCGGAAUAUUCGUCACGUCAAACAUCUGGUAUUAGAUGAAGCGGACCGAAUGCUCGAGACCGGUCAUUUCAAAGAAUUGGAUCACAUUCUCACCAUUUUGUCGAGAAAUCGACAAAAAAUAUUUAGAAACACAAGUGAAUGGAAUGAUGAUAAGACGUCGUCAGAGGGCACGCGGGACCCUUCACUACCGCGUCAGACGUUCGUAUUUUCUGCCACCUUGGAUAGUAAAUUGAAAGAAAAUUUAAAACGAAGAGGUCACAAGCUUAGAAAAAUAGAGGCCGGGUCCAAGGGAACAAUGGCCGAGCUGAUGCAAAGAUUGGAAUUCAGCGAUCCCGAUCCUGUAUUCAUAGACAUUACACCAGAGGAAUCUGUCGUGAAAGGUCUCCAAGAAUCAAAGAUUGAGUGCCUGACCAAGGACAAG